GGACGCCUUUUGAUAAUAUUAGUCUGGCACAACAUUGAAUACCCCUACCAUCAUCGGGAUGUCGGCCAAUUUCUGCAUCCGAAGUGUCUCGGAAUUACCCGAGAAUAUCUAUUUUUAAUAUCAAUAACCACAAUUCCUACACUCGUCCGUUAUGGCAAAUAAUCUCGUUUCCCCUUCAAAGAUGUCGUUGUUAUCAUCCUUCCGCGCACUCCCUCCGCGCACUCGGGCAAUGAUAGGCGCAAGCUUCAUAGCUUGGGGUACAAUUGGUCUCUAUUUGUCUGAUACGGCAGAGAAGAAGCUUGGCUUUGAACCUACUGAGCAGGAUAAAGCAAAGAUGCCUAAGUUUACGAUUGUUGAGAAAGAGAACUGAAAUGGUUGUGAUGGGUGGAUGUUUUGCAGACCAAGUAAACAGUGGCACGGCGCAGCAGACAGAGACGAAUCGGGUUAAGACAACGAUUAGAGCUUAAGAGGUGUGUGUCUAUGCAGACCUGAGAGGAACUAUGGCCAGCUCUGGAGCGGACCGUAAUUGCACAUACUGAGGGUCAGGCUGUAGAUACUGGACAACCGGGGAACCAGGAAACUGGAGGAGGGGUUCCAAGAAAAGCUGUGGGUCGGCACCUGAACAACGAUACUCUAUUUCCUCCGGGUAGUGACCGGUAAAAUAAUUGGAAGCCAUUUGCAUACCUCGGAUA